AUGCUUAGCCAACAAAUACCACUACCACCAUCGAGGAAGGCACCCCAGCUGUCGUCAUCACCGCCUCCACAGAGGCCGACAACUGCGCCCCAGCCGCCAUUGUCGCCGCCUCCACCACAGCUCACGGCCACCAAGAGGCCGACAACUGCACCCCAGCCGCCAUCGUCGCCGCCUCCACCACAACUCACGGCCACCAAGAGGCCGACAACUGCGCCCCAGCUGCCAUUGUCGCCGCCUCCACCACAGCUCACGGCCACCAAGAGGCCGACAACUGCGCCCCAGCCACCAUUGUCGCCGCCUCCACCACAGCUCACGGCCACCAAGAGGCCGACAACUGCGCCCCAGCCGCCAUUGUCGCCGCCUCCACCACAGCUCACGGCCACCAAGAGGCCGACAACUACGCCCCAGCCGCCAUUGUCGCCGCCUCCACCACAGCUCACGGCCACCAAGAGGCCGACAACUGCGCCCCAGCCACCAUUGUCUCCGCCUCCACCACAGCUCACGGCCACCAAGAGGCCGACAACUGCGCCCCAGCCGCCAUUGUCGCCGCCUCCACCACAGCUCACGGCCACGAAGAGGCCGACAACUGCGCCCCAGCCACCAUUGUCGCCGCCUCCACCACAGCUCACGGCCACCAAGAGGCCGACAACUGCGCCCCAUCCGCCAUUGUCGCCGCCUCCACCACAGCUCACGGCCACCAAGAGGCCGACAACUGCGCCCCAGCCGCCAUUGUCGCCGCCUCCACCACAGCUCACGGCCACCAAGAGGCCGACAACUGCGCCCCAGCCACCAUUGUCGCCGCCUCCACCACAGCUCACGGCCACCAAGAGGCCGACAACUGCGCCCCAGCCGCCAUCGUCACCGCCUCCACCACAACACCACGUUCUUGGUCACGCCGUCCAAGACCCCACUGUACUCUCGACCACCAAGACGGACACCCCGAGUCACUACAUGCCGGCCUCUCCUCUCGUCAGUGACGAGAACACCUCGCUCGGAUGUCACGCUAUGUCAGCUCACGCCUUCCCUCGUAGCCCACCGGCUGUGACGACCCUACAGCUCACGGGUCAGCCCUUGCCGCGCGCGGAUCCCCUACACGGACAACAGCGACUCAGCCGCCAUGCACUCCACCCACACUCAGGGUGA